UUGUUUUUCUAUUUUCCAAUCCAAAAUUGCUUAAAAUUGAUAAGAAAAAUAAGUACAAAAAUGGACUUAUCAACUGAGCGACUUAAUCUGGACAUCUACGACGGAUUGUGAUGGUCAGAUGAAUCAUACCACUGAACACAGAUGCUCGCCAAAAAUGUCCUCUUUCUUCCAUGAAUCUGGAUUUCGACGGUGAAUCGGAAGCCUAUGGUGUGUGUGGAUCUCUCCUAAGAUUCAGGGGACCUUCACCCAACGAUUUAAGAGUCUAGCUUUAUGAUUGACUUCAUCCCAAUCAAGCAAAGAUGGGUUCACCACUUCAAUUCGUGUGAACAAGAGUGCCUUCCCAUUACUACGUCCAUAGCUAGAUUUGCAGACUGAGAUUCCAUUUGGAGUGUUUUUUUUAGUGCGGUGAAGAGACUGGUGAUGAUGACCAAGACGCUAAGAUGGGUCUCUCAAGGAGUUGGAGAUUUACCAGGGAACUCUCCGUCUGCCACGAGUAAUGUUCCUUCCGGAAAGGCUCUUAUGUACUUUGAGCUAUUCCUUGGCGCUGGAGUAUUUUUCAUCUUCUUGGCUUUCACCAUGUUUCUUCCUGUCAUGGUCAUAAUGCCUCAAAAGUUUGCUAUUGGCUUUACUAUUGGGUGCUCUUUCAUUAUUGGCUCAUUCUUUGCCCUCCAAAGGUCCAAAAAAUCAACUUUCACACAUGCUAUCAAAGGAGAGGCUUCCGUUUACAGUCAGUUUCAUUGGCAGCAUGGUGGGGACAAUAUAUUUUUCAAUGGUCAUGAAGAGUUAUAUUCUUUGUGUGAAAACAAAACGGUGUAGUAAAAGGAUAAAGAGCAGCUGUUGUAAUAUCAUCUCUUUCUGUAUCCUUGUUCGACAUGGCACUGUCCUUGCUCGAUAGGGAAGGGGUGUUUGAUAUUUCACCAAAAGAAGAUUCCUGACUUGCGCCAAUCUUAAAAUUAUUUGAUAUACAAUGAUAUACUACUGCUCACGUCUGUUUUGCUAAAUUGGCAAGAUCAAACUUGCUGGUAGAAAUAUAUAGGUUAUUUGAGCUAAUUAAUUUGUUCUCCCUUAUAUAAAUUGCUGCAUGUUCUUGCUCUAUCAUAUUAUGCGAUCUCCUACUUCCCCGGAGGCUCAACAGGAUUGAAAUUCCUUUCUUCCACCCUUGCAUCUUCCAUACUAAGAUCUUUCGGAAGGUGACAGUUGUACGUAUGCCUAACGAGAACAUGGAUUCCAUGCCUAAUUAAUGUAUCGGUGGUCAAUCACAUUGACACAUGUUUUGUCACGGGAGUUAAAAUUUGUGUAAAUUGUGGCUUUAGCAUGACCUAUUCAAGUUCAUUUCCAAAACCACUUCAAUUCGUGUGAACAAGAGUGCCUUCCCAUUACUGUAUCCAUAGCUAGAUUUGCAGACUCAGAUUCCAUUUGGAGUGAUUUUUUUGAGUGCGGUGAAGAGACUGAUGAUGAUGACCAAGACGCUAAGAUGGUUGGUAAUUUUGAUACACCCUUACAAUCAAGGAGCAAUAUCCUUUGAUAAAGGAAAUUUGUUUCACACAAGGAAGAAUAUCAAGCAAAUUUGACGACUACUUUGGAAGAUGAUAAAAGUGGUCUGCAAUUUUUUAUGCUACAGGUGAAUUUUUAUGUAUCAUCUUCCUCAAGGGUGAUCAAUAGACUUCCUCUACAUUAUACUCAAAACAAUAUAACACUACUUGAUGUGUUUCUGUUAUUUUGGAAGUUUAAUAAGGUAAAAAACACUAAUGUGUUGACCUUUCAUGAUAGUACUCCAAACCCAUAAAGACACACAAGUCACACACAAGAACGUGUAUGAGAAGGUAGGAGCAUUUUACACCUUCA